AUGUCUCUCAUUCCACCUCUCCACCUGAUGAAACCCAAACGGCCGUCCAAACCACACCGUCUCGACCGAGAACGUCCUCGCCACCUCGAAACUCGGCAGGUUCGCCCCGGGCCACUCCUUCAACUUGUGGUAAAACCACUGGUCCUCGAAUUUCAGACACGGAGAUGUGGUGUCACAUGCGAUGUCACCAUACCGCGCUGUUUGCAUCUCGGCUUUCCAGUCGUGCGCCGCGAGGACGUCGAGCAUCAUCUGGCGAUUGCGCAGGGAGAAACCGCCGUUGAAGCCUUCGCCGUGGCCGUUGCGGGGGUUGCUGGGGGUGGCGAUGGGCGCGCCGAUGAAGUCGUAUUGGAGGAAGUCGUCGAUUUUGGAGGGGGAGUUCGAGCAGACUAUGCUGUCGGCUUGGAAGACCAGCACGUGAGAUGCGGGCGCGAGUUGUUCCCAUAUCCAGGGCGAAGUGAGGAAUUCCGAGACGGACUCCUGGUCUGUGAAUGUGAUGUCGUCGGGGAGUUGUCUUAUUUCGAUGCGGCCGUCGUCGAUAGCGCGCUGGAAGGAGGAGGAGUUGGUCGGGUUGGGGGAGCGGGUGUAGAAGAUGAUGGGCCAGGAGGGACCGAGAACGGUGGAGAAGUGAAGGAGGAGGGGAGUGAGGGUUGGGAGGGGACGAUCUUCGAUUAUAACGGCUAUGUUGUUGGAGGGGAUAGCUUUUGUUAG